AUUUCAUCGAUUCACACAGUUGAGUCACGCAACCAAGCAAGCACGCGUCUUCUCUCUCUCUCUCUCUCCGUGGAAAUCGCUUCCUUGUCUCCUCCUCUUCCAUCCUCCAAUCAUAUAAACAAUGUUCCAUUAUUCCUAACCCUAAACCCCCAAAACGACCAUGCCGUUUCCGUGGAAGAAAAACCGCGUCCCCCGAAUCUCCCAAAUCGUCGCCGAUCUCCAAUCUCCAAAACGCGGCGCCUCCCUCGUCGUCCAGACCGGCUUCCCCACCUCCCUCAUCGACCUCUUCGUCAAAAACCGAACCCGCUUCAAAAAAAACCGCUCCAAAAAAACCCCUCCGCCGGACCUCCCCCAUCCGCCGCCCCCGCCCCCGCCGCCGCCGCCCUCUCCGGCCACUCCUAUUCCAAUGCAACCAACCCGCGCCGUUCCCGAUCCCGUCACACGCUUCCCCAACGCCUCCAAUUUAAACGCCGUCGUUUUCGUCAAGAUUUUGAUGGCCUUCGCUCUGAUCGCCAGCGUCGAGAGGCUCACGGUUGGGAUCACCGUGUCGGCGUUCGCGCUUCUGCUUCUCGAAUACGCAGGGAGACGCGCCGUUUCGUUUCCCGUUCUCGCGGCGUUGUUCCGGAAGGCUCUGAUCCCGAAGAAGGAGCGCGUUCCGGAUUGCCAAUUGAGCCGCGAGGGUUUCGCGACCGGUGAAAUUGAGGUCGUGGAAGCGACCACCGAUUUGGGGAUUUGUGCUGACGUGGCACCCGCUUUGUUAUCGGAGGACGAACCUUCUUCCGAAGUUUCGGUGGCGUGUCUUUUGGAACAAGUUUCCGAAUGCAAAACCAAGGGUGGCAAAAGUGGUGGCUUUAGGUCAAGGAUGGUGAAGAAGCUUGUGCCUAAGAAGUUUCGUGGCUCUAGGAAAGAGAAGAAGGAGAAGGAGAGUGAAUCGGGUAGUGAAGUUUCGUUUUCGAGUGCUGUGGAGGAUGAAAAGUUACCAAUUUUGGAAAUUGAAGUGGAGGAGGUGGAAGAGGAGAAUAUUAGUGGGGCUAAAAACUCGAGUAACACUAAGCUUGAUUGUGGAAUCACACGUUCCUAUGAUGUGAUAAGGGUUGGGAAUUCAUGUUCUUCCACGGUUCUAGUUAUGGUUGCCCUUGUUGGGCUUCUUCUGGGGCGUUUCCCAGCGUUGAUACUCUCAAUCACAUGCUGCUGUUUGCUAAAGAUAGUUAGGAGUCUAAGGAGAUCACUUAAUGUGUCUCUGAUCAAGUGUUCUGUUUCAAAUUCUUGAUGGGGAUAAGGAGAAACUGAGGAAACAAGUUUUUUUUUUUUUUUUCCUUUUGUUUUAAUUUUCUUUUCCUCUUUAUUUAUAGAUGAUACACAGAGGAUGGUAAAGAUUCAUGUUAGUUUUAAAACAUUGAGGAUCAUUCCCGGGAUAGGAACUCCAACCAUUUGUUGGGAAUCCAACUUCAUGCGUUGUACUUUGAAAUGUAAAUUUAUUAUAGACUAUAGAUACUAAUCACAGUCGAUACAUUCUUUGUUUGUCUGUAUUUUUAUGUAAUUUGUUCUUAUUUGACAUA